AUGUCGCAGAGCCUGCUCGAGCGCGUGAAUGUGUUCUUUGAGGAUGCUGGCUGCAAGACAGAUCCGACCGGAUUGUCAAAGCUUGCAUGCGAGGGUGCUUCCGUUGCAGUGAAAGCUGGCGCUGUUGCGUCAGCACUGGUCUUCGGAGAGAUUCUGACACCUGAGGACAUCUUUCGCCUGCUAAACUUGGAGCAGGGCGACAUCUUCUACGAUUUGGGCAGUGGUAGAGGGCAGGUGGUGCUUGCAGCGGCUCUCGCUUCGAAGCCUAAGAAAUGUGUUGGCAUCGAACUCAUGGAGCCACGGCACCAGGCGGCACUGGCCGCAAAAGCCCACGCUCCUGAAGACAUACAAAGGAUAUGUGAGUUCCGCUGCGAAGAUGUGUUGGCAUGCCGCCUGGAGGACGCCUGCAAGGUCUACCUUUGCAACGCGGCCUUCCCACGUCAUCUCAAUGCAGCCUUUGCCGGGGCACUCGAUCCUCAACGAACUCCCGCGCUGGAAGCCUUGGUAACCUGUGCAGCUUUGCCGGAGGAGUCAUUGAACCAGGCUCGACUGCAGCUGACACAAGUUGCGGAAUGUUCGGCGACUUGGGCAACCCAGGGUGCACCGCUGUUUCUCUACAAAAGGGAUGGAGAUGGCAGUUUCGCUGCUAGAGCCACUGCCAUCCCCACCAAUGUGCGGUAUGAGGCUUCCAGACAGCUAUCAGCAGCAACUCAGAGCGCGGGAUUGUCACACGAGGACGAGCGCAGUUUGUUGCGGUGA